CGACGCUGGCUUUACGUUAAGCCUGGGGAAAGUAACGGUUUUGACGUUAACACGAUAACGUUACAACUGUAUAAAAUACUGAACGCAGCGUCGCUGACAUUCGUAUAUUCUUGAGAUGUUGCUGGAAAGUUGUUAAGCUCGAUUAUUCAGUUUGAGUGAAAAUAAGUGUGACUCGAUAAAUAAAAGUGAUUAUUGCGUUUGAUAUUUAUACAGGUGUGAAAAGAAGAUGACAUUCAUUAGCCAAUAAACUUGUUAAGUGAAGAUGACUAUCAUAUAUCAAUAUAAGGUCGCGAGCGCCUCGUUUUUGGGGUUCUUCCGGUUGCUUAAGGCAUGGAGGGGGAGCGUUUACAAGCUCAUCUACAAGGAGACAAUAGUGUUCUGUGUCAUGUACGCGAUCAUAAGCCUCGUAUAUAGACUCGCCCUGGAUGCCACCCAACGAAGGUUGUUUGAGCAGUUAGUUGGAUACUGUAACGCCUACACGAACAUGAUACCCGUGUCGUUCGUGCUCGGUUUUUACGUGUCCUUGAUUGUAGGUCGAUGGUGGACCCAAUUCACAAACGUCCCCUGGCCCGACAGAACAUUGUACAUCAUGGGUAGUUAUCUUGUUGGCCGGGAUGAGAACCGCCGGAUGUUGCGCAGAACGGUUGCGCGGUACAUGCUAGCGAGUCUCGUCCUCAUUCUGCGGUCUGUAAGCGUCUCGGUGAUGAAACGUUAUCCCACAAUGGAACAUAUUGUUGAUGCAGGUUUCCUAACGCAAGUAGAAGUGGCUAUGUUUGAGAAUGUGAGGUGCAAAUACAACAAAUUUUGGGUGCCUCUUGUCUGGGCCAACACCGUACUCACAACAGCUCGCAGGGAGGGUAGAAUAGAGUCGGAAUACGGGUUCAAAUUCGUUUUAGAGCAAAUUGCUGACUUCCGAGACAAAUGCUCCAUUUGCUUCGUGUAUGACUGGAUCACUAUUCCAUUAGUCUAUACUCAGGUUGUGACCUUAGCGGUUUACAUGUUUUUCGGGGCGUGCCUUAUUGGACGUCAAUACGUCGAAAACGAGGAUGACAUGCCAGAUCUCUACAUUCCGUUUUUUACACUACUACAGUUUCUCUUUUAUAUGGGCUGGCUCAAGGUAGCUGAGCAGUUGAUAAACCCAUUUGGCGAGGACGACGACGAUUUUGACAUGAACUGGCUCCUCGAUAGACAUUUUACCGUGGCGAUGAACCUGGUAGACUAUUGUCAUUCUGUGCACCCGCCGCUGGUGAAGGACAUCCAUUUUGACGACGUGGCUAAGGAGGAGCUGCCUUACACCGAGGCGGCAAUGGGCUCACGCCGACCCAACUUCAUGGGAUCAACGUAUAACCUCGCGCGGCCAAGUACUGUUUCCCAAAGGAAUGUCCCUAAUCCGGAGGCGUACGAGGCGGCGCGCAUGAACAACGGGAGCUUUGCCGGCCUUCGAAAGCGCUCAAAUGCCACUAUGCGUGCUGGUGCCGUCGGCAGCGGAUCAAGUUGGAGUUUGUUUGGGAAUAGAUCUAGUUCACCGAAGUUCGGUUCCCGGGGCAGGUUGAGCUAUCUUUCUAACGGCAAUCCGGCGUUAGGUCCGCUCAAUUUCUCGGCACCGCCGAACGCCGAGUACCCCCAGAUGGAAAACAGGGACAGCAGGAGCAGCCACGUCAGUGACGUCAGCUUUGCGUUAAGCCAGGGGUCGCAGAACGACUUCGUCUACCUUCCUCCAGAGUACGUGCCGUUAAGGCGCGCGCGGACUGCUUCCGUCGCGGACAAUCCUCCACUCAAGAGUCUGAUUGAAAGUGAGCGGGACCGGAAGUGGAGUUUCCCGCUCAGUUUGCUCAAGCGUCACUCGAAGGCGUCAGUCGGAAGGGAGUUUCUGGGUGAAAGGGGCUCUAUACGCUCAGGAAGCCCCUCGAUAGAUUCCAACAUGGACACGGAUGAUAACUCGCCGGGAACACCAAAAAGUCAACAAAAGAGCCGGUUCACGGUGGAGGUCGUGCCAGGCGACCACGAGGUGGACGCGAGCAAAUCGGCCCGGAACAAACAGAUAAUCGAUAAGCACAUGUCAAACAUGGCCGUCUACCGCCCAACAGUCUUGUCAGCAAUUGAGGAGGGUAGCACUAUUGGAAGCGUCAAGGAUAUCCUGACGCCAACCAGUCCCUCCAUUUUGUCACUAGAAAUGACGGACGAAACUGUCCAGCCAAUUCCGGAAACCAUCGAGGAGGAGGCGGACGACGUAUUCCUUUCCGAGGACGAGGGGCAAGGUGACCCAUCUGACCUCGAGAACACGAAAUUAAGCGAGCGCCUGGAACUUCCAAAACGGACAGGGAGGCAUCAGAUAUUGAUUGAAAGCGACGAUGACAAAGAGCCGCCAAGUAUCGAUGAGUGACGUUCUAUACCCACAAGAAAUAAAAAAACAUAUACUCGCGAGGAGUGACGUCAUAGUCUCGCGAGAGGUGCACCAUGGACUCGAAAGUGACGUCAUAGACGCAGGACAUGUGCAGAGCUCAAUUUCUCUGAAACUGUUACGCAUAACAAGUUUUAGUAUCUCAAUUCAUUUAGCUAAAUUUGCUACUAAAGGGCAAACUACACCAAUUCGGAAGUGCCUACUUAUUUUUUGUAACAUGGCUUAUUUCUUUUAAAUAGCAUAUGACAGUGAAUUAAAGCAUGGUUAUACAAUCUCAGACCAUUGACUACUUUCCAUCGUUAUAGAUUUUGAAGCUGAGUGGUUCGUGAUUUCAUACAAAAGGCUGGAUCUACUUGAUGUACUUUUUGUUUACAUUUUCACAGCAUUGUUUGUACUCGUACACCGGAUACGGUCUUUACCGAAUACACAGUGGUAACGUUCAA